AUGUCGACUUCUCCCCCUCCCACCUCCACCGGCUCCUCCAAGCUGGACGCCGCAAAGGCUGCCGUUGCGGCCAAGCUUGAGCCUACCGCUCCCACGGGCGUCGACUUGUAUGCGCGAUUCGCCUUCGCUGGUGCCGUCUGCUGCUCUGUCACCCACGGCGCCCUCACACCUGUCGAUGUCGUCAAGACCAGGAUACAACUCGAUCCCGUCACCUACAACUCCGGCCUCGUCGGUGGCUUCAGGCAAAUCAUUGCAAAGGAUGGUGCUGGUGCGCUGUUGACCGGUCUCGGUCCCACGGCCGCUGGUUACUUCCUCCAGGGUGCCUUCAAGUUCGGAGGAUACGAGCUGUUCAAGCAGCAGUCCAUCAACCUGCUCGGCUACGAGACGGCCAGCAACAACCGCACUGCCGUCUACCUCGCCUCUGCUGCUUGCGCCGAAUUCUUCGCUGACAUCGCCCUCUGCCCACUCGAGGCGACCCGUAUCCGUCUCGUCUCGGAGCCCACCUUUGCCAAUGGCUUGAUCGGUGGCUUCGGCAAGAUCCUCAAGAACGAGGGUGUGGGUGCCUUCUACUCUGGAUUCGGUCCUAUCCUUUUCAAGCAGGUCCCCUACACCAUGGCCAAGUUCGCCGUCUUCGAGAAGGUCAACGAAGCCAUCUACCAAAUCGUCGACAAGAACAAGACCAGCAAUGGCAUGCAGACUGUCUACAACUUGUCCUCCGGUAUCAUUGCUGGUUUCGCCGCCGCCAUCAUCUCCCAGCCCGCCGACACCAUGCUCUCCAAGAUCAACAAGAGCAAGGGUCUGCCCGGAGAGGGAACCACCAGCCGCUUGAUCAAGAUCGCCAAGGAGCUCGGCCUCAAGGGAUCCUUCAGCGGUAUCGGUGCCCGUCUGUUCAUGGUUGGUACCCUGACUGCUGGACAGUUCGCCAUCUACGGCGAUAUCAAGAAGGCACUAGGCGCCACUGGCGGCGUAGAGAUCUCCAAGACCAACUAG